CUGAAGCAGCAAGCCUCCCUCCCUUGACAGAGGCUCAGAAGAACAAACUGAGGCACCUGUCAGUCGUCACUCUGGCUGCCAAGAUCAAGUGCAUCCCCUACUCAGUGCUGCUGGAGCAGUUACAGUUGAAGAACGUCCGGCAGCUGGAGGACCUUGUGAUCGAGGCCGUGUACGCAGAUGUGCUGCGAGGGAGCUUGGAUCAGCGGAACCAGCGCCUGGAGGUGGAUUACAGCAUUGGGAGGGACAUCCGGAGGGAGGAGCUAAGCACCAUCACCCGCACAUUGCAGGAGUGGUGCCAGGGCUGUGAGGUUGUCUUGUCGGGCAUUGAGGAGCAGGUUAGCCGGGCCAACCAGCAUAAAGAGCAGCAGCUGGCAUUGAAGCAGCAGAUAGAGAGUGAGGUGGCAAACCUGAAGAAGACCAUUAAAGUGACAACAGCCGCCGCUGCAGCAGCCACGUCCCAGGACCCAGAACAGCACCUAACAGAGCUCAGGGAGCCAGCCCCUGGCACCAACCAGCGCCAGGCCAGCAAGAAGACUUCCAAAGCCAAAGGGCUGCGGGGCAGUGCGAAGAUUUGGUCUAAAUCAAACUAGUUGGAUCUCCCUUCGCAACUGGGAGGGUGAGAGGAAGAGAUAUGGGGGAUGGAGGGGUAACAAAGGUCCCAAGUGUGAUGCUUCUUAGCUCUUCUCCGAGAUCCAUCUUGCCAGCUAAUUCUCCUGCAUGUUUGUUCUCUUUCCUAUCUUCUUUACUGACUUUCCAGGCAGCGUCUCCCUCCUUUUCAUCACAGCAUUUCACACUCAAAGCUUCCAGUUGUAUGUGUUGCUGUUUCCCCUGCCAUUCCAGUCCCCAUCGCCUCGGCCAUGUGUUUCUCUCUUUCUCUCUCCCUGUCUUCUGACAGGUCAAUUUAAAGAGCCAUAAAACCGUGUCAGUCACUGUUGCACCCACAGGGCAUCA